AUGGACUAUCGUGUGCCGAACGGCGCCUCUGACGAGAGCGCUCUCGGCGAUGCGUCGACUGCCCCGACCACGCCCGGAGGCAGUCUUUCCUUUAGCCCUGCACUCCAGCCUUUCCGCGACAGCGGCAACCAUGACGUUGAGUCCGUCGCUCUCUCGAGCCAUGCGGGCGGCUCGAACCCCACCAGUGACGAUUCCAACGCGCCGGCCGUGGUCCGUCAUAUCUGCUGCGUUGGCGCGGGCUAUGUUGGUGGACCGACGGCUGCUGUGAUUGCCUCACAGAACCCGAACAUUCGCGUGACUGUCGUCGACCGCGAUGAGACGCGCAUCCGACGCUGGAACUCGGCCCACCCGCCCAUCUACGAACCCGGCCUGGCCGAGAUGGUCCGCCUGGCUCGCGAUGGCUCCCGCGAGUGCACCUUCGACAACCUGCCAGCCGGAUCGUCAAGCCUCGCCGCCGCGGCCGGUAGCGAUGUCAGGGCCAAGAUCACGCUUCCCGCGCGCAAGCCCAACCUCUUCUUCAGCACCGAGAUAGCCGAGUCCAUCGGCACGGCGGACAUUGUCCUCAUCGCCGUCAACACGCCCACCAAGACGCAGGGCAACGGCGCCCACCGCGCCACCAACAUGGCCGCCUUCCUGGCCUGCACCGAGAUGGUCGCAAAGUACGCGCGCCCCGGCGCCAUCAUCGUCGAGAAGUCGACCGUGCCCUGCGGCACCGCCGACAUGCUCAAGGAGACCAUGGCGCGCCACCGCCCCGGAGUCAAGCUCGAGAUCCUCUCCAACCCCGAGUUCCUCGCCGCCGGGACCGCGGUCGACGACCUCGUCUACCCGGAACGCGUGCUGAUCGGGUCCGCCGAGACGCCCUCGGGCAGGCGGGCCGCAGAGGCGCUGGCCUCGGUCUACGCCGCGUGGGUCGAGCCGGCGCGCAUCCUGCGCACCAACGUCUGGUCGUCGGAGCUGGCCAAGCUGGUGGCCAACUCGAUGCUGGCGCAGCGCGUCAGCAGCAUCAACUCGGUCGCGGCCGUGUGCGAGGCCACGGGCGCCGACGUGGGCGAGGUGGCCGCCUCGGUCGGCAUCGACCCGCGCAUCGGCGCGCGCUUCCUCGGCGCCGGCAUCGGCUUCGGCGGGUCCUGCUUCAAGAAGGACGUGCUAUCGCUCGCCUACAUCGCCCGCGCAAAGGGCCUGCCCGAGGUGGCCGACUACUGGGAGCAGGUGGUCAAGAUGAACGAGUACGCGCGCGACCGCUACUCGGCCCGCGUCGUCGCGGCCCUGCACAACACGCUCUCGGGCACCAAGAUAGCCGUGCUGGGCUACGCCUUCAAGAAGAAUACAAACGACACGCGCGAGUCGCCCGCCCUCGAGAUCAUCCGCACCCUGCUCGCCGAGGGCCCGGCCGAGAUGGCCGUCUACGACCCCUGCUGCAACCCGGCCGCCGUGGCCGACGAGAUCCGCCAGCUGUGCCGGCCCGCCGCCGUGCUCAAGGCCGACGGCGGACCCCUGGUCGUGUGCUCAGAUCCUGUCGAAGCCUGCGACGCCGCCAACGCCAUCCUCGUCGUCACCGACUUUGACGAGUUCCGCAACACCAAGAAGCAGCAGCAGCUGCCCCUGCACGAGGACCCCAAGACCGCCGCCGCCGGCAUCGACGACACCAAGGGCCGUCCCGCCGACCCUCGCCCCUUUAGGGCCGCGGCGGCGUCGCCCACGGAGCUGGACGUCCUCGCGCUGCACCGCCACCUGGUGGCCAAGAACGACGCGGCCGACGACCCGCUGCAGCGCUUCGAGGCGGCCCCCGCGUGCGCGCCCGACUGCCCGGACUGCAGGGUCCCCGAGCACGAGUACAACGCGACGACGCGCGCCUACAAGCCCAAGGGCCAGCUCGACUGGGUGCGCAUCGCCGAGUCCAUGCGCCAGCCCAAGCUGGUCUUUGACGGCCGCGGCGUCAUCGACAAGGUGGAGAUGGAGAAGCUUGGCGUCCAUGUUGAGAGUGUGGGCCGCAGGGGCCGCUACUGAGAUUGUGGACGGCAUUCGUCUCUUUACGCCGCCUUGUUCAAGAUGGUCUUGAGGCAUUCUGGCACAUCAUGUUUAUCGAUUCUUUCUUGGGUUUUCAC